CAGCGUCCUGCCCCCGCAGGCUGCUCGCUCGCCCGGCGCCGGCCGCAGCGGCAGCGGCACCGCCACCGGCAGCAGCAGCGGCGGCGGCGGCGGCGGGGAGAGGCGGCCCGAGCGGGCUGGCUGCGCUGCGGCGGCCCCUGCGCUGCGUGGCGAGAGCGGCUGGAAGGGAAGCGGGGCAGCGGCAGGAGGCAGGAGCGCGGCGAGCGCCGGCGGCAGAGAAUGGCGGUGAGGCGGCGGCAGAGGCGCGGGCCGGGCGGCGGGCGAGCGCUGCUGGCCGCGGUGCUGCUGUGCGUGUGCUGCCGGGCGGCGGCCGAGCGGCUCCGCUACGCCAUCCCCGAGGAGCUGGGCAGAGGCUCGCUCGUGGGGCCGCUGGCGCGGGACCUGGGGCUCAGCGCGGACGAGCUGCCGGCGCGCAAGCUGCGGCUGAGCGAGGAGAAGCAAUACUUCACGGUGAGUGAGGAGAACGGGAACCUGUACGUGAACGAGAGGCUGGACCGGGAGGAGAUGUGCGGCGAGUCGGCGACCUGCUCGGUCAGCUUCGAGGCGCUGGUGCAUAACCCGCUGAACAUUUUCCACGUUGAAGUGGUGAUUGAGGACGUGAAUGACAACUCCCCGGCCUUCAGGAAGGCUGCUUUGGACCUCGAGAUUGGUGAAUGGAUUCCUCCCGGGACAGCUUUUCCACUGGAGGUGGCCCAUGAUGCUGACGUGGGCAGCAAUUCACUACUAACUUACCAACUAACCAGCAACCCAACCUUCUCUCUGGCCAUGAAGGAGACCCCGGAUGGAAGCAAGCCGGAAAUAAUUCUGGAGAGAGCGUUGGACCGAGAGAAGCAGAGCUCCUUUGAUCUGUUGCUGACGGCGAUUGAUGGCGGGGACCCUGUGAGGUCCGGAUCUGUUAAGAUUCGGGUGAACGUGACGGACGCAAAUGACAACCGACCCAUUUUCGAGCAGGACCGCUACCGCGUGACCCUGCGAGAGGACGCGCCGCCGGGUUCGGCAGUACUGAACCUCUCAGCCUCGGAUGCCGAUGCAGGCACCAACGCCCGCAUCACCUAUGGCUUCGGGGAAAUGACAAUCAAGGCACUUCAGAAGUUCGUGCUCAAUGCAGAGAGCGGGUCUAUCACGCUGCAGGAGGCACUGGACUUUGAGGAGACCUGCGCGUAUAGCCUGGCUGUGGAGGCGAAGGACGGAGGGGGUUUAGUGGCACACUCCAAGGUGGAGGUGGAGGUCCUGGACGUAAAUGACAAUCCUCCUGAGAUCACGAUCCUAUCGCUCUCGAGCCCGGUGCCCGAGGACGCCCCGGUGGGCACCGUGGUGGCCCUGCUGAAAGUGAGGGACAGAGAUUCGGGUGACAACGGUCAGGUGUCGUGCGAGCUGUCGGGAGAGGCGCCGCUGUCGAUUGUGUCAUCCUCGGGCGGCUCGUACAAGGUGGUGAUAUCGGGCACGCUGGACCGAGAGCAGGCGUCCGAGCACCGCGUGACGGUGGUGGCCCGGGACCGGGGCAGGCCGGCGCUGUGGAGCAGCAGGGAGCUGGUGCUGGAGGUGUCGGACGUGAACGACAACGCGCCGGUGUUCGAGGAGGCGGCGUACAGCGCGUACGUGGCGGAGAACAACGCGGCGGGCGCGCUGGUGCUGCGCGUGCAGGCGCGGGACGCGGACGCGGGCGCCAACGGGCGCGUGAGCUACUGGCUGGCGGGCGGCAGCGCGGGCGCGGCGGGCGCGGCGCCGCUCGUGUCGGUGGAGGCGCGGAGCGGCGCGCUGUACGCGCAGCGCUCCUUGGACUACGAGCAGUGCCGCGAGUUCACGCUGGCGGUGCGGGCGCAGGACGGCGGUUCGCCGGCGCGCAGCUCCACGGCCACGGUGCGCGUCUUCGUGUUGGACCGCAACGACAACGCGCCCCGGGUGCUGUGGCCGGCGGCGGCGGCGGCGGCGGCGGGCGAGGCUGCGGCAGGGGCGGCGCCUCCUUUCGAGGUGGUGCCGCGUUCGGCCGAGGCCGGCUACCUGGUGGCCAAGGUGGUGGCGGUGGACGCGGACGCGGGGCGCAACGCGUGGCUGUCGUACGAGCUGGUGCAGGCGUCGGAGCCGGCGCUGUUCCGCGUGGGGCUGCACAGCGGCGAGGUGCGCACGGCGCGGGCCGUGUCCGAGCGGGACGCGGCCAAGCAGCGAGUGGUGGCCGUGGUGAAGGACCACGGGCAGCCGGCGCUGUCGGCCACGGCCACGCUGCACGUGGUGCUGGCCGAGAGCUUGCAGGAGGCGCUGCCGGAGCUGAGCGAGCGGGCGGCGGGCGCCGAGGAGGCGGCGGCGGCGGCCGAGCUGCAGUUCUACCUGGUGCUGGCGCUGGCGCUGCUCUCGGCGCUCUUGGUGCUGAGCGUGGCGCUGGCCGUGCUGGCGCGGCUGCGCCGGGCCGGGCCGCCCGCCGUGCUGCGCUGCCUGGGCGCGCAGCGCUUCUCGGUGGCCGGCGCCGCCUUCCCGGCCGACUUCUGCGAGGGCACCUUGCCCUACUCCUACAACCUGUGCGUGGCGGCGCCGGCCCGCGCCGUGCCCGAGGCCGCUUGGCCGCCGCCGCCGCCGGUGCCCGUUCUGUCGGCGGAGGAGCUUCUGGGCGGGGAUUCCUGCGAGAAGCCGAGCCCGAGCAGCAACGCCCUGAAGGGAGAGCCCCUCGCCGAUCCUGACGCACGGCAGGUCUGUAAUGCUGCGCGCUUGUUCUGUUAUUGCGGCUUUCGUAUAAUCUUCCUUUCUCCGAUCGUUUUCUCGGCGUGUUGUCCAUGAGAAAUCCUCAUUAGAGUCUCAAUUUAGCCGCGGAAAAUUGUGGUCUUUCCUUGGUAUCGGCUUACGUUUCAGCCGAGCUGUUUUGACUAUAACACUCUUUUUGACUUAAACAGUGUUUCCCUGUUUUCCUGGGUUAUACUGUUCUGGGAGGCACACAUCUGUCUACAUGAAUUAAGGAAAUUAAUUAAAAAACUGAAUUAAGGAAAGGUCUAUCCCCCUUUCAUGGAAAACAGGAGGCUAGCAGUAGCACCUGCGUCUUCCUUGCUAACAGAGUGAAAUUCAUUGAAAGACGUUUUGUUUUCAAAACUCAUGCUCUUUAAAUUAAAAUGGAUUUCCAUCAUUGAACUUGGUUUCUUACUGUUUAGGAGACCCACUGAUUCUGUGCGAUGGAAUUGGAGAGAAAGAAAAUCCACAGACAAAUUAUGUUGUAGAUAUUUUCCUGAUUUUAUUCAGAAAGAGUGAAUUUGAAACUUGUCCAUAGCUUUACACAAAUCCGUUUAUGAAUGGUUGGGUUUUUCUGUUUAAUUUGAUGGGGUUUUUUUGCCCAUUGGAGUCAUAAAGGAAGGGUGUGUAACGUGCUAUGUUCUGCCUCUUGAGUGAAAGAAAAGAAUGUCCCACGUUUUGGGGGCGAGAGCGUAAUGCAAUAGUGGGCCGUCUUCCUUUUUGCAUCCUGGCUGGCAGUUCUCUGUUUUACUCUUCAUGAUAUUUAUUUCAUACAGAGGUGAAGGUACAAAAAGGUUUGUUUCAGAUGUUUUUCAUUUUCGUUUCGUCUUUACCCUAGGAGUUUGAGAUUUAUGGAGAUGUCGGGGUUUUGGAUAACAAUAGUUUUUUCCACUUCUGAUUUUUACAAGGAUAGACAUCUGAGAGUAUCAAGGAGAUUAGCCAAAUGACACUUCAGGCAUGUGAAUCAAACUCAUUUGUACAAUUUUCAUGGGUCAGCAGAGAUUCGAGUGCGUAACUGUACUCUUCUUCUACUGUUCUACAAACUUUCCUUGUUAAUAUUGUACCAAUCUGAUUAAGAAACCUGUUUCCUGAUAUACUUUCUUAGUACACUUCAAUGCUUUGCAGGUUGAUUCCUUAUAAAUUCUUUUUCCUGUGGCUAUAGAAUUACUUGAUGCGGUGCAAAUGUGUAAAAAGUAAGGAAACACUAAAUUUAACAGACGAUCUUGAUUCCGUCAAGUUUUCCUUUGAGAAUAAUAGCUGCAUCUUUAUUUCUACCUGUAAUAAUCAUAUGACAAUUAGGUCACUGACUUCAAGAAGCAUGUAGUUGUUCUCGUCCCGCUUAUGUUCAUGAGCCUGAUAGAUCAGUUUAUCGGUGUGUGUGGGCGUGUAUCUAAUGUUUUCAAUCUCAGACCCCGUUGCUGAAGAAGUUUUUGAACAAACAGCGUAAGACUAAUGGUAAUCUAGAGC